AUGUGCAUUGAGGCUGCUAGAUGUCUUACCUUUUUCGUAAAGGGGUUUUUAAAUUAUUAUUUUUCAAAUGAGCUUUUUAUAAUUUUUUAUCAGGGGUUUUUUCCUGGAAUUUUCCAGGAUUUUACCACCAUUGGGUUUUUUCCUGUAAUUUUUUGGGUACCUAGAGGUUUUUUCCUGCAGUUUUUUAGCCUAAAUUUUUCAUGAGGGUUUUUUCCUGUAAUUUUUUUCCCUAUUUAUUUGUUUUUUUAA